GAGAACGGCGCGACGGUCGCGGCUGUCCGGAAGCCGACAGAGAUCGACAGGGGGGACGUGCUGAAGGACACCCAGAGGUUCAAGUCGGGGGCGCGCGGCGCCCAGAAGAACAUGGCGGAGUCCAUGCUGCGGCGCCCCAUGGCCAAGUUGCUCCCGUCCAGCUCGGGCAAGAAGGGCGCCGCCAAGUUCAUCGACUCUGGCGACGACGACGGUUCUGCGAGCGACGGCCCCAGCAUCCAUUCGGGGACCGACGGCGAGGCGGAGUUGGUGGAGCCUGGUCGGUGCGAUGGCGGGCGUGCAGCUGCCUCUCACAAGGGCUCCAAGGCACCGUUGUCGCCCCGAGCGCGUGCCAGCAGCCGCUCCAGCAAGCCGGCUAAGGACGACCAGGCAGCGCUGAAGCAGCAAGUGGAGAACGCCGACUCAGUAGAGGAAGCCCUGCCCUCGAUCGAUCCCGGCUCCGUCCCGCCCAGCAUUUUCACUGUUGCGAAGCGGUCGGUCAAGCGAACCCUCGAGAGCUAUUUGGAUUCGUGCAAGGCUGGCAAGGUCACGCACAUCGCGGUCCUCCAGGAGCUCCUCGAGGAGGUCAGGGAUCACACUGAAGUCAAGUGCCUCGGCGUGGACUCGGUGAUCUCGUCGGCGAAGGUUGCCGAACACGACUUGCAGAAGAUCUUGGACGAUGUCUCGCAUUGGGCGCUGCCGCGUGACUUCUCCGCCAAGCGGGAUUCCAUCUCCUUGGCCAUGGCCGCGCGCUCCAAGAAGAUCAAUCUCGUCGAGGACAUCCAGACACUGCAGACCAUUCGCGCGGGGGAGAGGAAGAAGAGCCACAAAGAGCGCCGUCAGAUCCGAGGCGUAAAGGAGAAGGCGGCGAACAGGAUGCACGAGAAGGGGAUUCCCCAGUCCAUCGCGAAGGUCAUCCCCCCCGUGCUCGUGGAAAAGGAGGUCGGCGUGUCAUACUCUUCGCUCGGCGACAACGGCGAGUGCGGGGAUUCCUUGAACUUCGGAGAAGUGUCGACCUUCGGCGUUGUCGCGAAGAAGCCCGACCAGCUGUCGAAGUGGCAUGUCAUGUUGCAGGACCAGCACAAGGCUUUCAAGAGCGAGCUCGAGUCAUCUGCCAAGGGGAACGUCGACUACAUCAAGAAAAUGAAAGGCACGGUCGGCUUCGGCCCCAUGAAGAGCACGUUCGAGUUCAAGCACUCCGCUGACGCAGACGGCAGCAGCACGCACCCUGGCGACUCCACGACUUUUCCUUUGCUCACGUUCUUCCAGAAGCCGUUUUCCGUGUCGUUCACGCCGCAGGCUUGCCCUUUCGCUGGUGCGGCGUGUUACGUCACCGUUGGGAACGGCAUCGCAGUCGCACUCGCCGUCCCCGUGGAGGUGAUAUUGAAGAAGGUGCCGAAGUUUGUAUUGAAUGCUGGUGAUUCCUUGUACGUGCCAUUCGGCACCUGGCUGGUCAUUUUCGGCGUGAGUGAGUGGGAUGACAACUCGAAGGAGUUCGCGGUGGACGAGGGGGCCGACGAGUUGCCCCAGGGAUGGUUGCACUACACCAUGCGCCCCGUCAUUGAUUGCGAGAACGACCCCAUUGCGUGCACGGCCGCCUGUUCAGCCGUGGCAGGCUUGAUGGCGAGGUCGAUGCCGUACCACCCGAAGACGAUGAAGGCCUUGCAGGUGCCCCUGAGGGAGUGGCGCGACAAGAUCGAGGCGGCGGCCGCGAAGGAGGGCGAGCAGGCGGGCGGCGAGCCCGAGAAGAAGGGCGAUGAGGACGGGAUUGAG